AUGCCGCGCUCUUUGGACUUCAAUUUCUCCGAAGCGCACGGGUUAUGCGGGACUUGGGCUAGUGACUACGCCGCAUUGCACAGCCGAAUACGCGCGCGCGCCUUAAAAGCGUACUUGACACAGCAACAGGCGGAGAAAUCAAGGGAGAACGAAGAGGAAGUGUCGUUCGGGACACCUGUUUUGAAGCCGUAUGGGAUAGACCAGCAGCCUGCUGAGCUGAUGACAGAUGGACGGCUGGAUCCGCCCGUUCGUUUCCUCACAUUCGAGUGGUUGGACGGCUGUGGCGGCUUCGCGGACGUUCUCGCGGGGCUGGUAACCGCAUUAGUCGUGGCUAUACUCGACAAUCGCGCGCUUAUAGUCCGAAACCACUGCCUUCCCAAAGCUUUCGAACCCAGCAUGAUCAACUGGGAGCCCGGCCCGUUCGUGCCUUUGGAACCUGCGCGGAACCUCACGUUGGUGGACUAUGGCUGGGGAAGGGUGGUCCCGGAGCGCGCGCGCGACGGGGAGGUGGUGCUGGUGUGGCUGCGGGAUAAGUUCGUGCGGAUCGAGCCAUUUUUUAAGGAGCUGGAAGGCGCGGUGAACGUUCGCAUGACGAGCAACCGCGGCGUGCUGACGUGGCUGCAGACGAGGGCGAAGGGGGAGUGGGCGGAGAGGUUUAAGGCGAUGGGUAUGCGGCUGCCAUACGCGCUCGGAUGCUCGUUGCGGUUCCUCAUGCGUCCCAAGCCAGAGGUGCAAGCGCUGUUCCACAGCAUAGAGCGGCGCCUGCGGAGGAGGUCGUGGGCGGGGAAGGCAGGCGCGGGGAGGCCCCGGGUGGCAACAGUGGGGAUCCACAUCCGCGUGCGCGACCGGGUGGUGUGGGCGGGCGACAGGGGGGCGCCCAAGGAGCUCAGUGCGAAGCAGGUGGACGUGCUCAUUGCUGGCGCCCGGAAAUGGAUUGUGUGCGCGCAGCGUGUGGAAUCGUACUGGUUCCCGUCGUCCGUUGCGGUGCGAUGGAUGCUCAUCACCAACUCAGCGCAGCUCAAGGCUGCCCUCAAAUCUAGGUUUCCCUACAAGGUUAUCACUACCGACUUCAUACCUCGGCAUGCGAAUAGUCUGAGCUCCAGCUCUGUUGGCAGCAUUGGUAAUGGCUCUUCCACUCCAAGCCCAGGGGAGGUUGACGGGCAAGUGGAGGGAGAGAAGGGAGAUACAAAGCGCGAGCAGGAGCGUUUGUUCCAAGAGCUGGUAACAGAGUGGCUGCUGUUGGCCUCGUGCGAUGCGUACGUUAUUUCCGUGUCUGGUUACUCGAGCACAGCUGUGUAUUAUGCUAAUAGACCCAUGGCCGCUUUUGAGUCAGGGAAUUGUGACCCUGAAAAGCCGUUGCGAGCCAAGUUUCAAGGUAAAGCGCGAGGUAGGAUCUAG